CUGAAGAGAGUUAUGAAAAGGGAAAAGGCUACUAGACAAGAAUAACCAGGGGACUCCACAAGUCUAUCUGCCCGCGUCCAUAAAUACGUUCCCCAUCAGCAAACCGCAGGAGCGCUCCAGAGAGCAGCCUGCGCGAGCAUGGAUGCCGAGGAGUGACGGUGGGGCUGGGGCUGCGGCCCGCCGGGCGGUGCCGCAGUGAGGGGGCUGAGCGCCCUGAGCGCCCUGAGCGCCGCCGGCAGCCGGGCUCUGGCCAGGAGCGCUAAGUUGAGAGCGUGAGGGCUGCGCGGUGGGCAGGACUCCCCGAGGAGCGGCAAACCAAGGCCAGAAAUCUGGGGAGCAAAAAGAGAGAAAGGGAGAGCCUGCGCCGAGCCACCAGGCCCCGCGCAGCUGGGGGAAAUGUCAUCGCUGGUCAAAGAGGACUUGGAGAAGAAACUGUUCGGGCCGCUCUCGCAGAGUCUGUGCGAGUUUAUCGAAAUAGAGCUCUCCGUCCAGGACAGGUACUACCUCUGUGUGUCAGUGACCAAAAAUGAAGAAGUAAAAAUAAUUAUGGUGAAACACUACAGAAUAGGUUUAGAUGAAAAAUAUGAAGUAACAAAAAAGUGGUCUUUGAAUGAUCUGCAGAUGAUUGAUGGAAAAGAAGCAGAUACCGACAAUCCAUUUUUUGAUCUGCACUUCAAGAAAGUGUACAGUUUGGAAGCAUAUAGUUGUGCUUCUAAAUAUGCCUUUGCUCGAACUGUAAAUAAACUGAAUCAUGCAUAUCUUAAGAAGGACUUACAAAUUGUGAACUUCGAUUCUACUUACAUUAAUGAUGAUUCCAUUUGGUCCUCCAACAACAAGGAUUGCUUGGUUCUUAUGAGAAUAUGCUUUUAUGCUUUCAAUCUAGUAUGCUUGUCCCUGUGUCCUCUGCCACUCUGAAGAUGUAUGACAUGUUCCUUCAUCAGUGUUCUAUGAAAAUGGUUCCCUAAGGAAAUAUUGAUAAUCAUGAUUUUGUUUUUUCCUUCAUCGGUGAUUAUUAUUUAUAUGAAAAUAAAGUGUUGCUUUGUGAAUUGUGAUAAAAUGUGUUUUAAUGAAAUCAUUCAAUGUUUGGGACUUUUGCAUGUGUUCCUUGGUAACUUUGGAAGGAGUUGGAUGGUCUUGCCUAUAUUAGUAUUCUACCUAAGAAUAUCAGGAAGUAUCUUGAAAGACCUAAAUAAAUGGAAGGCCAUCCUGUGUUCAUCAAUAGGAAGAAUUAAUUUUGGCAAGAUCAAUGUUACUCCAAGUGAUCUACAGAUUCCAUGCAGCCUCUCUUCAAAAUUCAAGUGGCCUUUUUAAAGAAAUGGAAAAGUCAAUCCUCAAAUUCAUAUGAAAGUGCAAAGGGCCCUAAAGAGCCAAACUAUCUUGAAAAAUAAGCACAAAGUUGGAGAACUCACACCUUCCAAUUUUGAAACUUACUACAAAGCUACAUUAAUCAAAAUAGUAUGGUACUGGCACAAUGAUAGACAUAUAGAACAAUAGAAUAGAGUUGAGAGUUCUGGAAAAAACUCAUAAAUCUAUGGUCAAUCAAUUUUUCACAAGAGUACCAAGUUCAUUCAAAUAUUAAAGAAUAAUCUCUCUUCAAUAAAUGUUGCUGGGGUAACAUACACAUGGGAAAAGAAUGAAAGUGGACCCUUAUCUUAUACCAUACACAAAAAUCGACUUAAAAUGUAUAAAGUCCUGAGGCUUAGAUCUGAAACCACAAAACUCUUAGAAGAAAAUAUAGGGCUAAAACUUCAAGACCUUGGAUUUGGCAAUGGAUUCU